CUACUAAUCUGCAGCGCUUCUCUCUAUGUCCGGGUAUGGAAAGGUUUAACCCAACCGGCAAAUUUUGAGCAGCCGGUAUAAGCACGAAAGCUCUGCCCCAACCACGACGAGCUUUCUUGAACCUGUCUGGAAAAUCAAAGCAAGGUAAAUAAAAGAGGAGGAAGAAGGGGUAGCAAGCAUAGUCGAGGAAGAGCAGGAGGCAGGCAGAGAGGGCUGCAACCCUAUUGGAAGCGGUAAAGGCGCGCUCUUAGACUCUCAGUCUCAGGUGAACUACCGACUUCGUUAGGGUUUUACCACCUCCACUCCAACCGUCGCGAUCCGCGUUGCAUAAACUAUAGUCCUAUACUUCUACUGGAUUUAGCUCCUUUCUGCGUUCGAGCUUGCUUCGAUCUUUGCCAGGGUGUUUGAAUCUGUUUCUGGGUCUCACUUUUGUUUUCUCCUACAGGGUGCUCGUUAAUUUGGUGGGAUCGCUCUUCGCUCCAGAAAGAUGCUUCCUCUUUCGCUACUGAAGACUGCACAGGGCCAUCCCAUGUUGGUCGAGCUUAAAAAUGGCGAAACUUACAAUGGACAUUUGGUCAACUGUGAUACAUGGAUGAACAUCCAUCUUCGUGAAGUUAUCUGCACCUCUAAGGAUGGUGACAGGUUUUGGCGUAUGCCUGAAUGCUACAUACGUGGAAAUACCAUCAAGUAUCUCCGGGUUCCUGAUGAGGUCAUUGAUAAAGUUCAGGAAGAAACAAAAAGCCGCUCAGACCGAAAGCCGCCUGGAGUUGGACGCGGUAGAGGGAGGGGUCGAGAAGAUGGUCCUGGCGGAAGGGCUCCAAAGGGUGUUGGCCGUGGGCUUGACGAUGGAGGUCCCAAGGGUCCAGGUGGAGGGCGUGGAAGAGGCCCCGGUGGGAAGCCUGGCGGAAGCAGAGGUCCAGUUAGAGGACGUGGCUGAUCCGUUGAAUGAUGAAACGAUGGCUGGAGGGGCUAAGCUUGCUACUUUUUCCAAGCAUAUAUGGCCGCAGUCACUAUCCAUUUGAGAGUUUGUUUUGGUAAAUGAUGCAAUGUUGUGAUUUUCUGGUGCUUCUUUCUCUCUUGUAACAAAGUGAUCGAACGAACUACCUUGGGUCCCAAGAUACUAGCUGGGAGUGUUCUCUUCGUCGGAAUCAUUUGACUUACUGGAUCCAUGACUUUUACUGGGCUCUUCCAGACAACUCUAUCAUCAACCAUCAAGCCCAUAGAUAAAGAGUGCAGCAUUUUGUCUCUUCUCUAGGGUGUAUUUAAAUGGUUGUAUGAUAAUUAUCAAAUCAAUUAAACCUAAAGUUUUGG